UUUCAGGUGAUAAACUAGGGCAAUGCUAUUCAGAAGUCAAGUGGAAAACUACCACCCGGCAAAGCCGUUACAGUAUAGCAAGGAUAGUGGGGAGAUCCACACCAUGGCAGAUAUUAUUGCUCAAACUGCACCCGAAAUGAGCCACGGAUACUCCUAUUGGACCAAUCCUCUCUUGUGGUCAGGCCACCUCCAAACUGCAUUCACUGCUCUCAACAAGUUUGAAGACUCAGACAAGGUGUACUAUAAGAGAGAAAUCAUCAGCGUGGAGAAGGACAAGUAUUACGAAGUUGACGGUCACCGGCUUAAGUAUGACACUUGGGAAGGCAAAAGUACGUUUGCUGUGGACUAUGUGAGUACCAGUGAAUAUGAUUCGAACCAUUUAAAGUACCAGCCACUGUCACAAACGGAUGAAUUGCCUCCUCGCACCCAAUACAAGAACCCUAACGUCGAGGUGUUCCCCGACGAAGAGAGACCGUUGGUGGUGGCAUUGCAUGGACUUAGUGGAGGUUCGUUUGAGCUGUAUGUGAGGGCACUAUUGAAUAAAGUACUGCCAGAACUCGACGCAGUGGUAGUCAAUUCAAGAGGAUGCGCAGGCCAUACCAUCACCAGUCCCCAGCUUUUCUGUGGGGUUUGGACCAAUGACUUGCGGUACUUUAUCAAUGAACAUGUCAAGCGUCGGUGGCCUCAUAAGAAGAUAUUGCUUGUAGGAUUCUCAUUAGGUGGAGCCAUCACCGCCAACUAUGUUGGCCAGGAGAAGGAUGACGUGUAUGAGAAGAUCUGUGGGGCCUUUAUCAUGGGAUCCCCGUGGGACUUUUCUGACAGUUCAUAUGUGUUGAGAGAGAGCUUAUUGGGAGAUCGAGUAUACUCACCGGUGAUGUGUCAGAAUUUAUUGAAGUUGCUCAAAAAGCACCACAAGGGCCAACUUAAGUACGUUGAGAUGGUGGAGAAGUACCUGGUGGAUCCUCUGAAGUUCACACUUGGUCAUUUACGGGACUUUGAUGACAACUUCACCUGUAAGUUGUUUGGGUUUAACACCUCUUUUGAAUACUAUCGGCACGCCUCGCCGGUGCAGAGACUCUUUAAGAUCCGUGUUCCCACGGUGAUUGUGAGUUCUAAAGAUGACCCUGUUUGUGGAGUUCGGUCAUUGCCAGUUGAAGAGGCCACUUUAAAUCCUUAUGUGACGAUGGUCACCACCAGCGUUGGAGGUCACUUGGGGUGGUUUGACUACAGCAACAACCGGUGGUACGCGGAGCCAGUGGCCAGAAUGAUGAAGGCAUUGACCGCGCUUUUUAUCAACAUGUCCUCGUCUCACAAAUGGGUCAAAGACCUUAGAGGACUUGCUUCAUCUCCUAAUGACAACGACCACCUCAAGAUCGACUAUAUUGAUGUCAACCUCAAUAACUCCCGAAAGUUGAUUGCAAAUGUGAACACCAUAGUCGCUUCAAGUGAACAAUACCUAUUGGUUAAUCAUCUGGUAAACGAAAGCUUGAUUAAGCUCCAGUCUGCCAGCCAGGCGUUGAAGUGGACGGACGGAGAGAAGAGAUCAUAGUGUGGGGGGUUUCAGACUUUCUAUGGGUGCACGGGUCAGACUAGAUGUCCUUCGAUGGGUAUGGGUCAGAUGUCUACGCC